AUGAAGGACGCAAUUUACACUCGUCACUACCUAGCGGCAGCGCAUUCCGAAUACUAUAACUCUCUUUGCCUCACCGAUUCUGCACUCUGUACAUUCGCCAUCGGUGAACCUCUUUCCGUCUCCGAUGAUAUCCCCGCCAUUUUUGUCAACACAUCUACAAAGAACAUUAAUCAUCCUCCACAUCCACCAUCACCUCCUCCUCCUGCAGCGAAUGUAACGACGACCUCCAAAUUUCCUAAUGUUUCUGAAACUCGUCACCGGAAACCGCCGCAAAAGCUUCCACAUAUUCUCUCUGAGUCUAGCAUUUGUUCCACGCCUAGAAGCGAGUUUCCAAACUGGUUUAUUCUAAUAGCGCAUCAAACUCUUUCCACAGCUUCUGAAACAUCGUCCAUUUGGAAUUGGGAGAAUUUUCAUCCAACUCCGUCUCCGCCAACUUCCGAAUACUUCCAGCAACGUUCUAAGCCGCCGAAUCACAAUCCAAAAGGUCCAAAAUUUGAAGUUCCAGGAUCUGAUUCUCCACCAGAAUCUUUUUACAAUAAGUUCCACUCGAAAGUUCAUCUUCAGAAUCUUGAAAUUAAAUCAUCAAAAGUUAGUUCUCAAAAUCCACAACUACGGAUCCGUAUACGUCCAGAUGCUGAAGAUACCGCAAGCGAGAGAUCCGAUCCAGAACCAGAUCGUUCGGAAACGAAACGGGAGGAGGUUCGGUGCAGUUAUUGGGACGACUUUUACGACUCAACAAGCUCAUUAGAUAAGGAGGAAGUAAUAGCUGGAUUGAGAUCAUCAAUGAAAUCGGAGUCAGUAUCCGACGACGGUGUUCCGGCGAAGGAAGACAAGAAGACCAGUGAGGAAGUGAUUAAGGAAAAGAUAAGCUAUCGGAGAUGCUACAGAUUAAUAGGGUACAACUUAUUGGAGUUUCAGUCGGUUGAAGAAAAUAGUGUAUCACUCGAGUAA